AUGGAUGAUGUAUUAGGAAAACGAGGUGGAGUUUUCUUUGUUUAUGGAUUUGGUGGAACCGGAAAAACAUUUUUGUGGAGAUUGUUAUUUGCUGCAAUUAGAUCCAUGGGAGAAAUUGUGUUGAAUGUUGUUUCAAAUGGAAUUGCUUCUCUUUUGUUACCAGGAGGAAGGACAUCACAUUCAAUAUUUGGUAUACCUAUCAAUCCUGAUGAGUUCACGCUGUGCAAUCUAACAUCAGGUACAAAUGCUGCUAAUUUGGUGAAAGAGGCUUCUAUCAUAAUUUGGGAUGAGGCACCAAUGAUGAGCAAACAUUGUUUUGAGCCAUUAGAUAGAAGUUUAGCAGACAUUAUGAGGAGUACAGAGAAGAAGCCUUUUGUUGGGAAUGUGGUAGUUUUUGGUGGGGAUUUCAGCCAAGUGUUGCCAGUUAUUCACGGUGCUUCAAGGGCCGAAAUUGUGUUAGAGUCUCUGAAUUCAUCAUAUAUCUGGAAACAUUGCAAAGUACUCAAACUUACAAAGAAUAUGAGGUUGCUUUCAAGUGAUAUGAGUGCUGAGGAGCUAAAGGAACUAAGAGAAUUUUCACAAUGGAUUUUGGAUGUGGGAGACGGGAAGGUUGGUGACCCUAACGAUGGUGUGGCAUUAAUCACCAUUCCAGAUGAACUUCUUAUUAUGGAUGCAAAUGAUCCAAUUGAAGCAAUAAGAAAAGAAGUCUAUGGAGAUGAUGUAUCUCUGCAACAGAAGAACGACCCUAAAUUCUUUCAAGAUAGAGCUAUUUUAUGUCCAACGAAUGAUGACGUGAACAAGAUAAACCAGCACAUGUUGGAUCAGUUUCAAGGAGAAGAAAAGAUUCACUUAAGUUCUGACACCAUUGACCCAUCCGAUACUGGAUCUGUUAAUGAUCAAGGUCUCACUCCAGAUUUUCUCAACAGUGUCAAUGUUUCUGGUUUACCUAAUCAUAAUCUUAGAUUGAAUAUCGGAUGUCCAGUGAUGUUGCUCAGAAAUAUUGAUCAUGAUGGAGGAUUGAUGAAUGGAACUAAGAUUUCAGAUCAUAGAUAUGUAUGA